UUGCAUUCAAAUCAGAUUGUUGAUUUUUAACACUAUAUUAUUGCUAUUAAUCGAUGAUCAACUGUAAUUUAAGUGUGAAAGAUGAUAGCUUCCAUGGCUAUGGAUUGGGUUAGAGUCUAACCUAACCAUCCUUUAAUGUUUUCAUUAUUGCAAGACACUAUACAACAUUGGAGCCAGAAAUCUAGUGGUGAACAACAUAGGUCCUCUGGGAUGCUUGCCGUCGAUGAUAAACAAGACAGGAAAUGGGCAGUGCGAUGAACAGAUGAAUCAAAAUAUCAUGCCAUACAACUCUCAACUUCCUCAGAUACUAAAAAAUAUCCAGGAUGAAUAUCCUAAUGCUACCCUCACUCUGGCCAACAGCUAUGAUUUUCUUCAAGAUAUAUUGGCUGACACUGAAAAAUAUGGGUUUACAGAUGUAAAAGAUCCGU